AUGAACAUAACACCAGAACAACUUGAACAAAUUAUAUCUAAUUUAUUGGUACCAAACACCGAAAUUAUUAGUCAAGCUACACAAACUAUUGUACAAUUAUUAAAACAUCCAGAAAUUAUUAUGCCAAUGAUGAAUAUAUUAGUAAAUCAUCCAAGACCAGAAUUAAGACAAAUCACAGGGGUUUUAUUAAGAAAGAAAAUAUCAGUUGUAUGGGCAAAACUAACACCAGAAAUUCAAGAACAAAUAGAAAAUGCAUUAAUUCAAAUCAUAAAUACAGACACUGUUAAAAUUAUUUCUAUUACAGUAGCACAAAUUAUUAUUGUUAUUGGUAAAUUAACAAUUCCAAUUGGAAAAUGGCCAGCACUGUUGAACCAAGUAUUACAAUGGACACAAAGUCAAAACGAAAUUCAAAAAGAAGUUGGCUUUGGAUUAAUUAUUGAAUUAGCACAAUACUAUUUAAGAUUAGGAACACCACAAUUAAUGAAUGGAUUGUUCCAAUUAGUUGGUAAUACUCUUACAACAUGUUCAUCAUUUAAAAUUAGAGUUCUUGCAAUAAGAAUUUUAGGAAGUUUAUAUGAUUUUGUAGAUAAUCCAAAAGACCUUGCACCAUAUGAACAAGUUAUUCCAUUAGUUGUAAAUUUAUUAAAAGAAUGUCAUCAAAAAGAAUGUGAUGAAGAGUUUUCAGAAAUCAUUGAUGUUAUGUCUGACAUUGUUGAAGGUUUUUGUAAUAUUCCAGAAUUUGAUGUAAUUACUCAAAGAAUUACAUCUCCAAUUGCCGCUCUUUGUAUUGAAGCAGCAAAAUCAAAGGAAGUAUCACCAAUAAUUAGACAAGCAUCUUUAUUAUUUUUAAAUACUUUUGUUUGUGAUGAAUUAGACUAUUGUGUUAAAAAUGGUAUUAUUCCACCUAUGACAGAAUUAUUAUUGUCUAUUCUUUCUGAAUAUAAUCCCUUAGACCCUACUGAUGAAGAAUCUCCACAUAGAAUUUAUGCUGGACAAGUUCUUUCUAAUAUGGCUGAAAUUAUUCCUUCUUCUGAUUUCUUCCCUUUGUUUUGGCAAAUUGCUUCACAAUUUAUUAAUAAUCCACUUCCUGGUGUUAGUUGUGCAUUAUUAAUGGCAAUUAGUUCAAUGACUUAUACUUGUCCAAUUUCUAUUGAUGAAGUUGGUGAUGUUUUAUCUCCAUUUAUUCUUCAAGCCCUUCAAAAUCAAGACGUGACUGUAAGAGGUGCUGCAUUAAAAUGUAUUGGUGAUUUAGGAGAGUCAGGAGUAACUUUUGUUUUUAUAAAUUGUGUUCAAUACCUUAAGGCAUUGGUGUUUAUGACUAAAGACCCUGUUUCUUCAAUUCAAUCUGCUGCAUAUUUUGAUAUUCAUUUAAUGAUAGAAAAAUUAUCAUUGAAAGAAAUAGAACCAGUAGUUGGUGAUAUCUUAUCUACAUGCUUGAAUUGCAUUACAACAACAUCUGAUUUUGAUACAAGAGAUGCAGCCUUAUCUGCAUUGUCAGCAACAGUAUUCAUUGUUGGAAAUAAAAUAUUACCAUUUGCUCAAACACUUCUUCAAAUAUCUCAUAAAAUGAUUACUGCAGAAGUACAUGAAGACAUUGAUAUUCUACAAAGAGGAAGAGGAUUGGAGUUGCUUGCUUGUGUUGCUAAAGCUAUUGGAAAAGAACAAUUUAGACCAUAUUUAAAUGAUUGUAUUGAAAUUGUUAAAGCUCUUAUAAGUAUUCAACACUCGUUUGAAUAUGAGUUAAGACAAUUUGCAUAUAUGGCACUUGUUGACUUGUUUUCUGUUUAUGGAAGCGAACUAGCACCAUUAAUUCCUGGUAUUAUAGAAAAAGUUGUUCAUUCAUUCCAAUGUGAAGAUGAUUAUGUAGAUAAAAAAGAUAAUGAAUUAGAAAUUUCAUCAGAAGAAGAAGACGAUGAAGAAGAAGAACGUCUUUCAUUUUAUAGUGGACUCCUUCUUGAAAAAUCAUCAGCCGUUACGUUAAUUUCAAAAAUGUUUGAAACAGUUCCAUUAGAAAUGGAACAAUACGUUCCAUCUCUUUUAACAUUUAUUAAUCAAAUGUGUGUUGAUGAAAGAACAGAAGUAGCUGAAUCAGCGUGUGAGGCUUUAUGGACAGUUUUAUAUGUUCCACUUGCAAAAGAAAAGUUAUAUAUUCCAUUUGGACAAAAUCCAUAUGGAAGUAAUUUUGUAAAGAAUAUUAAUGAAGAUAGUAUUGCCAAAGUUCAUUUAAAUAUUGGUAAUAUGUCAGAACCUCUUUCUAAAAUAUAUAACGAAGUUAUUAAUACAUACUUACUUGUAUGUGAUCAAGCAGUAGAUAGAGAUGUUGUUAUUAUGUGUUUAAAUAAAUUAAUUGAUAUAUUUACCUUAUUAGGUAGAGUUGGAGCAGCAGCAUGUUCUCAACAACUUUCACAAUUACUUAUUAAAAUCUUAACACAACAAACUCAAUCUCAAAUCAUCAACGCUGGUCAAGAUGCUCAAGAAAUUCAUGAAGCUGAAAGUGAUUUAUUAGCUACUGCCAGUGAUGUUAUUAUGAUAAUGUUUAAAUUAUUUGGUCAAUCAAUGAGUGAUUACUUUGUUCAAAUAUUCCAAAUCCUUAGUAGUAUUGUUCAAAAAAGAAAUAACUCUAUUACUAAAGCAACUUCAGUUGGUAUUAUUGCUGAAUUCUUUAAUUUUACUCAUACCUGUCCUGAAUGUAUUUCUGAACAAGCAUUAACAUUAUUCUUGAAUUGCAUUUCAAACAAAAAUGAAGACGUAAGUAGAAAUGCUGUUUAUGGAUUAGGUAUACUUGUUACUAUCCUUGCUUCUACUCCAAAAAGACAAAUAGCUAUCAAUGCUUCUCAACAGGCUCUUCAACUUAUUGCUCAAUUAUUGCCAACAAUUAAACGACGUGGAUUAAUUGAUAAUUUUAUUUCAUGCGUUUGCCGUAUAUUAAUGAUUGAAGGUAUUCCAUUCCAACCACAAGCUAUCCUUCCUCAAUUAUUAAAUUUCCUUCCAAUCAUCUCUGAUCAUGAAGAAGAACAAAUAGUUUAUUCUACUUUCGCUCAUUUCUACUCUACUAUUCCUGAACUUCAACAACAAAAACCUGCUUUGGUUGAAAUGUUUAAGAAAGCUUUAAAUGUUGAGGGAGUUUAUGACACUACAAAACAACUUCUUCAUCAAUAUCUUAUGUAA